UCUUUUUUUUUUUUUUUCUUUUUUUUUAUGGGGUGGCGGCUGCAAAUGAUCCUGUGCCUGUCUUUUCCAUUGCCCUCCAUUUAUUGCUCCUAUGCAGUGAUCAUUGCUUUGAACUUUACGCGUACAAGAUUUACUGGACAUGGAUCAGGGCUUUUGUGUUCAUUUACUGCUUUCGUAACGUGAAGACCGUCACUUUUUUUUUUUUUUUUUUUU